AUCUAACCAAGUCAACAAGUAUCUUAAGAUUAUUUUAAAUAUAUGACUUAUUUAAAAAUCUAAAUGUUUUCCUUCAGUUGUUUUUUUUUAGUGCCAAAAAUAGAAUUUCGAUGUUUUAAUGUGCGUGAUGUCCGUGUAUCGUUAUUGUAUUAUUUCUAGGAUAGUUCAUUUUAACCUUUCGCGUUGUUUACUCAUAUUUUAAAAACACGAUCGGGACGCAACGCAUCGAAAAUCUUUGCAGGUAAAUAGUACCUACGUAUCUGCUUCUUUAUUGCCGACGAAAAGUCGGAAAAAAUUUAAUAGGGAAGAUAGAUAUAGGUUUUCAACAACAUGGGAUCCAGUGAUUAGUACAUUAAAAAUACGCGAUAAUUUGUUUAAACCCAGUGUGGAUACUGUGAGUGCAGUGUGUAGGGUAAUAAUAGUGACUGUGUGAGGGACUGGAAGAGACUGGGUUACCAGACUAAGACACCGCUCACUUAAUCCUGUCGUGACCACGGCGUAGUGCAAUCCACAUCAAAACGUUGGCAAUAAAGGAGCAGGUAUGUAAAUACUAUUUGCCUGCAAAGGUUUUUUAUCAUGUUAAGUCCCAAUUAUGUAUUCUAAUUAUUUUAGCCUAUCGGAGCUAGCAAAGAAAGAUGUCAGAUAACGAAGACUCUGUCUCUGUCUUACAUGAUUCCGACAACCUGCAACAAGAAUCAGAAAAUUUGAAACAGGAAUCGGAGCGCCUGCAGCAUGACUCUCAGGAAAUUAUGAACAUGUUUGCAAGUGUUUGGGUGAAGGUGGAAGUUGAUGAGGAUCCCAGUGCUGACUUGCCGAAUGCGGAUGAUGUAAAUGCAGGCGCCGAUUGCGAAGAGAAGAACAAAAAACAACGUCGCUUUACAAAAACUUUGACCUGUGACGUCUGCAACUACACCACCGUCUACAAAAACUGUCUGGAACUCCACAUGCUCGGCCACAAUAACUCGAAGCCUUACGGCUGUAAUCAGUGUGAUUACACGACGAAAUACCCAACGGCAUUGUACCGACACGUCAUGAUCAAACAUGAGAAAAAGGGAUCCGAAGAGAAACAAGUACCUGUACACAAAUGCGACCAAUGCGACUACACGUCUUAUUUCAAAUGGAACUUGAGUGCGCACAAACGCAAACACAAGCUGGAGAAACAAUUCAAAUGCAAACAUUGCCCGUACGCAACUGCUUACAGGCAUAACUACCAGAAACAUGGCAAAAUACACAACGAGAAUAUGUGCUUCAAAUGCGAUAAAUGUCCGUUCGUGACGAAAUUCGAAGGACACAUCACUAGGCAUCUGGCGAAGAUACACAACGAGGUGACGGAGAAGGCGAAUAAGUGCGACAUGUGCGACUUUUCAACCAAAACAAGAUGGCGGCUGAAUGUCCACAAGCAAAGGAGUAAGCAGGAGACCAUACUGAAGUGCGGGUAUUGUGAAUUUGAAACAUACUACAUGUGCGAGAGUAAAAAACACAAAGUGACUCACUACAACCUUAUUUAUGGCAGUGGGAAGAUACUGCACAAUGUACAGACGCAGCCGAGCCAAGAGAAAACUGUUAAAUUGGAUGACACAUAUCAGUAUGCUACACACAACACAACAAUGGAUGAUGCAGAUAAAUAUCAACACGAUUCUAACCUCCAAAAGUAUCAUUUGGAUCCGAAUUGCGUCGAUUGGAACAGCAUCCAAGUGUUAGAGUCUGAGGACAAGGAGCGGCCAUUUCAAUGCCACAUGUGCGCCUAUACGUCACGAUUCAAGGCGUCAGUCCAACGCCACUUUCAAAGGCACCACACUGGCACCCAGAACCGACCGUACAAGUGCGUAAACUGCGAUUUCUCCACUAAAACAAAGGAUCAAAUCGCUUUGCACAACAAACGGAGCCAGUCCGAUACAGAGCUGUUCUGUGCCAUAUGCAAAUUCACCACUCACUUCAAAUGCCAGUAUGUGAUGCACCAAAAAUUACACUAUGAACACAAGUGUCCGAAAUGUAACUACUCUUGUAAGCACAAGUACGAAUUACAGAAGCAUUACGCUACAAUACACUUGGGGAACGGGCUGAAAUGUCAAUACUGCGAUUAUAAAGCUGCAAGAAAGGAGAGUUUGCUGUGCCACGAGACCAUCCACACUGGUAUCAAGCCAUUUAAGUGCAACUACUGUGACUAUAUGUCAGUAAGGAGGUCGCUACUGAGCAAUCACAUCAAGAGGUACCACACGGACGUGGUGACUGAUGUGACGGUGGUAAGCGACAGUCGAGUAGAGGAGUUGAGACUGCCAAUAGAUAGUCUGGACAAGUUUAAAAACAUAGAUUUGGACUGUCAAAUGGAUUUAGCCUGAUGGGAUUUUAGUUUUAGCUAGAUUGUACAUAUUUAUGUAUAUGGGAUUUGUUUGAAGAAAAUUGUUUGGUGUUUAUAAUUAGAGAUUUAUAUGGAAGUCUGGUAAUGUCUGUAUUAUCUAUCAAUUUUAAAAACUAUUUUCAAUUUUAUGAAUGAUUUUUUCAAAUAUUAUUUUAUAACAAAUUAAACAUGUAUAAAUUUAUAAUUUAUAUAUUGGAAAUCCAGAAGUGUGGGUAUAUAGAUAUUAGUUCUAAAUUGAACUUCAUUUUAUAUUUUAAAUUGACAGAUAAUGUGAAUAUUGCCAUAAUUCAUUAUUAAUACUCUUAAUAAUGAGAAAUUAGAAUGGAAAUUAAAAAUAUAUUGAUUUGUUUAUAAUUAAAGUGAUAAUGAAAUCACAAAAAGAAGUGCAUAGUGCUGACAAAUUUGUAAGAUGGUGUUUGCUUACCAUUGUGUUAGGGCCAUAUUAGUGCGCUUUAAGCACGUGCUCGGUCCGCAGCAUGUGCUCAAGGCUGGAUUAAGCUAGGAGGAGGCCCCCGAAGUAAUGCUAAUCUUGGACCCCUCUUUUAACCUACACCAAUGAUUUCGUUUUAAAUCAUCAAAUUAAAAUGACUCUUUUAUAUUUGUAGUUUAUCUGUUAGAAUAGAAAUUUUAAACCCAUAAACAAGUAAAUUGCAAAUCCUACCCCAUGUUGAGCGUUGCCGCCUUUUAUGGGCAGUAGCACCUAGAUAUCAGCUUGAACCCUUCGACUCAGUGCAACGACGAGCUAUGACAAUUGUCCAUAAUCCCAGGCUUGCAAAUCGAACCCUUAAGUCUUAGGAGAGAUUUUGCUUCGCUCUGCGUGUUCUACCACUUGUACAAUGGAUUGUGCUCAGAGGAAUUAUUCAAUAUGAUGGCCACGGCCACUUUCUAUCAUUCAUCACCAUCAAGAAGGUGAUAAGACCUCUAUACCUUAGAGCCUAGAUGGUCGCGUACAACGUGGUUUUAGAGAUGUUUUUUUUUCCACGAACGCCCAGGUUAUGAAAUGAACUCCCUGUCGAGGAUUUUCAAUGAGACAGCAUGGGGUUAUUCAAAAAAGAGGGUAGAAGGUUCUUCAGGGUCGGCAUCGCCCGCGUAAUACCCCUAGUAUUGUGUGCGUUCAUGGGCAUAUAUUACUAGCAGUGAAGCCCAUCCCUCCCCCCUGCCACUUCUCUUAUGGGCCAUUGUCCAUGGUUACUGUCUGGCUUGUGGGGCCUCUUCUAUUGUUUAUAUUUUUAUAUUGAAAUAUAGUUCGGGACUACAUGCAUCUGACCUGUCUACAAGAUGUCUGCAUACACAGUAGUUUUGGUCACAAUCUGCUUUGAAGUCUCGUUUUUAAGAGAUAUUUUGAUAUUUUUAAAACAUAAUAUUUAGUCUAUGAAUUUUCUCCUACGAAUUUUUUUAAGAAAUUAGGAGUUCGGGUUACUCUUUGAUGUACAAUAAUUGGAGAAUGUUUGUGAUUUUAGAUUUUGGCGUAGUGUACGCUGGAUGCGUCGUGCGCCAAACAUACUAUUAGCAGUGUACGGGUUCCAUGUAACUCUGUCUCGCUCUAACGUAUAUUGUUGUCUACGUGUUAACUGUAUGUGCAUUUGUUUUUAAUUUAUACAUGUGUGGUCCGAUCGCUCAACGUAUAAACUAUUUCAAUAGAACCUAAUGGAAAUGUAAACAACAAAGUACAAAAAUACUAUUAUUUGAUUUAUUUAAUUUUCGUUUUGUUUCUGUGAUUAUUUUAACAAAAUUUAUUUUUCGUCAAGUUCUAUUAAAAUAGAAUAUGGUAUGUCACUAUAUUGAAAUCGCUUCGGUUUUCCUACUUAUGUAUUUUUAUUUUAAUGGAUGAUAAUGGAAUGGUAACCCCACCCGCGCUAUCGGUAUACACCGGCGGGGCACCAGUGAAGGAUGAUAGGUGAGGAUGAAGUAGGUCAGUUGGCCUAUCGUGACGAAUUCAACAAGAAUUGUUCACGAUGGUUUCCAGGGGGAACCACGUGGAGGUCAACCUAAUAAGGCAUAUUGCUAGCAAUGGGGCGGUCAACCUCUAUUGCUAACAAUCCCUCCCCCCCCUACUUAUGUAUUAUAUUUUGGGGUUUCAGUUACCCGGGUGGGCAUUGGCCACAUUCAUUGUGCUAUCGGUUUUAUUUAUAUUGCCUACUUAAUACUUGUUAAUUAAUUUGGCGUUCUAUUGAAUAUUAAAAGUUACUGGUAUCAUUACGUUGAUAUAUUUGCUGCCAUAGUGGGUGGCAAUCAAGAGGAACUGUUAAUGAAUCUGACGAUACAGUUAGUUUCGAAUCGAUUGUUUUACGUCUAAAAUUAUAGCUGAAACAAAUUUCCCUCAUUAAACAUUUAAAAAAAAAAUGCGAUUUUGAUUUUUUUUGUGUCAGUUUUAACAUUUUCCUAAUAUAUAUUUAGGAAUCUCUAUUUUUGUAAUAGUUGUGGUCGCUAUUGUUAUAGGUAGGUAUAUAAAUUUUGUGAUAUCUAUUUUUCAUUAAAACCAUUGGAAAGGAACCUUUAAAUUGACUUAUAUAAUCGUGAUAUUAUAUAUAUAUAUUUAAAAAUGUAUUUAAAAAAAUGGGCAUUUCAAUACGAGGUAUAAAAAAUAGGCCCUUUCAUUGUUGUUCAACUGCAAUUUGUAACAUUUUGUGCAUAAUCUUUAUUCCAUUUUUAAUUUUUUUUCUUGUUGAACGUAAUUUUGGGGGUUGUAUUGCAUUUUACAUUUUAUUUUAUAGCGUUUCGAAUGGCAUUCACAAAAUUACGUUCGUCUGGUCUCAGCCUUAGACCGUAAGUUAAAUAGAUGAUAUGAUUAUAUUUAGAAUAUAUGUAUAAUGUAAAGAUAAUUCUUAACUAUUUUAAAUAAAUACAGUAGAGAUGAA